CAAUUCUAGAAGCUCCCUAAUUAUACACAUGCUAAAACUUCCUCACGCCCAAACUCCUUCGGCCACUUCUUACGCGUCGCGCGCGUGCCACCUGCGCGCGCCGCCUCGCCAUUCCUACUCCUCGUUGCGCGCGGUAACCCGCGCGCUUACCCCCCACGCGGCGUCCUUUACGCGCGCGCGCCAUCCGCCGACUCCACCAUGCGCGUGUGUGCCCAGCGCCCUCGCGUCGCCUAAUCCUCCCAUGUCUAGGGCACCAUCCGCGUCAUCCCACUUGCGUGCUUCCGCGCACGCCCCGCACCUGCCGAUCUUACCCGCGCCCGUGCAUGCGCGCCCUUGGCGCCUGAUCCCUUCUCCGCAUGAACCCCGCACGUCUCCGUUACCAUCCCAGCCCAGACCGCCUACGGCGUUCCCGCGUACGCCCGCGCACCCGUCCAUCUUGCGCCCGCGUUCUCCCCGCCAAACCCGCAUGCGCGGCCUGUUCGCCCACUCGUGCGCAUCAAGUGCCGAUGCGCACCUUUUGCCUUUUCGCUCUUUACUAGACUUGCCGGACUCCAAAGCCACUUCCGUAUCAACAGCGCCCAGCGCGCCCAGCGCGCGCAGGCAGCGCCCGAACAGCGCGCCCAACAGCGGCCAGCCACCUCCCAAAGCCAUUUUCUUGACGGACGUACGGGCCACGGGAGUUGACGAGCGGGCGUCGGGCAGCGAGGACGUGACGCAAGCUGGAUGUGCGAUAGGUGACCAGGUCGCGGGGAUGGCUAGGACGGGCAGUAACGCGAACAGUACGCGGGGAUGCACCGUAGGCGAUGAGGGCCAGGGCGUUAGCACGGACGCGCGCGAAGAAGCCAACGGGGGCAAAGCGCGCGAUAAGCGCGCGAGUACAGGUGACGCGGAAGGUAGCCGUGGCCUUGUGGGCAUCGGACUGCCGAGCGCGGGCGCACACGCGCGGGAGGUGAGCGACAAGGACGGGGCAUGCGCGGUGGCGCGCGAGUGGGCGACGUGCGCAGACGCAUGCCUAGGCGCGGGAGGAUUAGGUGAGGCAGGCAGCACGUACGCGGGCAGUGUGCGAACGGGAGAAGACCGUGUCCUAGCGGGCGUAGGACUACUAGGCGAUGGCGGGUACGCGUGCGGGACAGACGACACAAGCAAG